AUGAGCAUCCUCUCUGCCAAAAUGGAUCCAGGCGAACCCUUCGAAGAGGAGCGACUCCCUUGGUACAACUCCGAUCAAUUCUAUCCGGUUCGCAUCAGAGAGACUCUCAACUCCAGCUACAAAGUACUGGGAAAGCUCGGGUACGGUGCACAUUCUACAGUCUGGCUUUGUCGAAGAAUCAGAGAUGCCGGCUUUGUAGCGAUAAAGGUCUGCACUCGAGACGUUGACCGAUCUGUUCAUCGAGAGCUACAGUUCUACGAGCACGUCAGCUCACUCGGUUCUCAGCACCGUGGCCAAUCCUUCAUUCGCGGUCUAUUGGGAACAUUCGAAAUCGCAGGCCCUACCGGUCAGCACCUGUGCCUAGUUCAUCCUCCCAUGCACAUGACUAUCCGAGAGCUCCAGUACUUGAAUCGAUCCCAUCGACUGAAUGAGCAGCUCUUGAAGUGGACGCUAUCCAACUUACUAAACGCUCUGUCGUUCCUACGUGAUGAAGCCAAAGUGGUACAUACAGACAUUAGUCCGUCGAAUAUUAUGUUAACCGUGGAUGAUGAAUCUCUACUUGGUGAUUUUGAAAAAGCCGAAACAAACGAACCAUCACCAACAAAAGUCAUCAACGAUAUCCGCAUCAUCUACGGCUCCCGUAAACUCGGUCUCCCCAGGGAUACCUUGUGGGGCCAACCAGUCCUCUGUGAUUUCGGAGAAGCUCGAAUAGGAGAAUCCCACAGAGGUCUAAUCCAACCCGAGCUAUACCGUGCCCCAGAGGUAUUGUUUGAUAUGAAGUGGAGCUCAAGUGUUGAUAUUUGGAACGUUGCCGUUUUAAUAUGGGAUCUGUUCGAGAAUCGACAUUUGUUCCACGCGCUCGAUGAAAAUCUCCAGCCAUCGGCAACUCACCACGUCGCUGAAAUGGUUGCAUAUCUCGGGUUGCCUCCUCUUGAGUAUAUACAAAGAAGCGAGAUCACGAAGAAAGUUUUCAACGAGCAAGGACGCUGGACGGGAGCUGGAGGUACGGUCGUACCGCAGCUUUCCCUUGAAGAAUCAGUAUCCUCCCUCGAUGGUGAAGCCAAAGAGCAGUUUCUCAAUUUCAUAAGAUCAAUGCUCAAAUGGUUACCAGAGAAGAGAAAGCAAGCCUCUGAACUCCUCAAAGACCCAUGGAUGGCUGGAGCAAUACCAUAG